AUGGAGGAGCCGCUGCUGGCCGCCCCCAUCAACCCCAACAACUUCCCUGCCAAGCUGUGGCGGCUGGUGAACAGCCCGCGGUUCCGCUCCAUCCGCUGGGACGCCCGCGGCGAGGGGCUCCUCAUCGACCAGCCGCUCUUCGAGUCCGAGCUGCUGGGCGCAGCGCCGGCCCACGGCGCGGGGCCGGGCGGCGACGGGGCGGCGGCUGGCGCCACCGAGCUCUUCAAGACCACCAACUUCACCAGCUUCAUCCGCCAGCUCAACCUCUACGGCUUCCGCAAGGUGGUGCCGGGGCCGGCGGGCGGGCCCGCGGCGGCAGGCGGCGGCGGGCCCUUGCACCACUUCCACAGCCCGCACUUCCGCCGCGACCGGCCCGACCUCCUCGUCCACCUCAAGCGCCUCACGAGCGCCAACAAGGCGAAGCUGGCAGCCGGCCUGGAGGUGGCCAGCCGCCCACCCAAUCGCUUCCAGCGGCUGCUCAGCACUUCACUGCAUGGGGACUCGUUGCUGCCGCCGCCCUCGAUGCCCGGCAAGGCCGACAAGCCUGGACCGCUGACUGUAGGACAGUUUCAUCGAUCUUAUCAUCGAGACAGUUUAUCUCCCUACUCCUAUAUAUCAACCUCAUCCCAGAGCCACAGCACUUUGCCUUCAAAAGGUUCAGAUCGGACUCCAGUCCCUUCCAGAACAUGGCCGAACUCUCUUGGGUUGGUUCCAGGGCAUGUGGAGGCUUCUGCAACGUUUUCAGAUAAAGGGAUUGCCUUUCCUGUGCUCCAGAGGUUUCCAACAGAGGUCACAUACACACUCCAGCCCAGUGCCUCCCCUAUGCAUGUUCAGCAAGGGUCUCAAACAGUGACUACUUCUCCUCCAAAAUACAGCAGCUACACAUCCUCAGUGCAGUACUCACAAGCCUACUAUCCAACAGCUGUACUGCAGUGUUGCUCACCAACUACCCACAUAGAUCCUCUGUCUGGCUGUGCUAGUCCUACAGCCUCAGCCUACACCCACUGCAACUUUUUCCAGAACGCUCCAAUGCAGUCAUCUUACACAGUUGAAUUUCUGCCCUCUAACUGGCCAUGUAAUACCUCUGAUGAAAACAAGAAGACAGAAGUAAAUCUUGAAGCUGUGUUUCAGAUUGUUGAUGAAAUGCAUUCAUCACCCAAAGUUGAAAUGGUAAAGGUGGAACCUGUGGAGAACCAGUGUUCAACCCCUCAGUCUAACAGAGGUCAACAACUGCUGGUUAAUACUGAGAAUGGUGAUCCACCUUCUUCAACCGAGACUAGCCGAUUGGAGCCUCUUACACCUGUAGGUACAGACAUUACAUCGUUUGUGAUGGGAACAGAUCAAGCAAUAACUUGUUCGCUGUCACAGCCUUCUGAUUUUCUUUACGCUAUCCAUACCACUGAGUCUGUAGAAAGUGCUGCUGCUCAAAUAGUGCAAGAAUCUGUGGCCACACAGGAAGCACAUGCAAAACUGAAAGAACGACUGGAUCAUUCCCCAAAUCAAUCUUCAGUAAUAUUUGUUCAGGAAGAUCAGCCAUUCAAUGGACAGCAGAUGGAUCCUAAUGUUAAAUGUCCAUCCGAUAUGUCAGACACAGUGGUCUCUUCAGAACGGUUAGGAUUCCUCACUUCAGGAACUGGACCUGUGAACAAAUCUGUAAAAGACACAGUUUUAUCUGUACAAGCUAGAUGCAGGGAGAGAAGAAGCAAUUCACAGAAGGGCAAGUCUCCUGAUCUCCAUCUGCUGGUAGAUGUAGCCUGCAAGCAGGAGCACUUUCCAAAGGAAGAAAUAAGAGAGUGA